GCAGUGACCGUUGUGCGCGCGGCAUCCUCCCAUUUGUAGUGUGGCAUUACUCCGCUCUGCUCUCGUCGACCACGCACAACUUCAUCGUUGGUGACACCGUGCAGAUCUAUCUUAUUUGAGAAUCCGUUGAUAUCAAACCGAUCGCCAUGGCGGAAGAGUAUCUUUACGGAAUCGUUCUCGAAGGAGCUAACUCAUCCGAAGUUUGGGAUCCUGAACACAAGAAUGAUGAUGCAGACGGCACUAAUCAACACGACUAUGGUGCUGAUCAGAAGCUUAUUAUUAAAAUGGCUCUUUUAGGGCCAGAGGCGAAACCUGGUGAACUUAACGUAUUACAAGUAGAGGCAAUGGGCCUCAAAGGCACUAUUAAAACACCAAUUGCUCUUCUUGAGAUGGGCAAGACAGCUCAAAUUAUACUUGAUCUUAGUUUUCCUGACCCACCGGUAACGUUUACCUUGAUCAAGGGUAGCGGGCCAGUUCACAUAGUUGGACACAACCUCCUUGGUACGCAUAUGGAGGAAUUCGUCGACGAUAUGGACGAGGAGUUGGAAGACGAGAAUAUUGACGAUGAUGAGGAUGAAAAAGACCCGGACGACGAGGAAGAAGAAGACGAUGAACCGAAAAAAAAAAAUGCUAAAUUAUCAACUGCAGCCAAAUACAAAAAUCAAGCUAAUAAGAACAAGAAAAAAUAAAGCACGAGUCUUUACAUAAUUGGGGAAAAACAAAAAAAAAAAUAAAAAAAAAAGAAUACCAACACAGAAAACUCUUAAGUUAGGCUAUUAAUGCGUAAGUCCAUCAUCAAUUAUCAUCAUCCGCAUUUCUGCGAAAUCUAGUAUCGUUUCAUCAAAUUAUCAGACGACACGUGUUGCGUUCCACGUUUCUAAAACACAACUGGACCAAUAAAGUACAAUAAGAUAACAGUAUAUCAUGUAUUUCACAGAAAAAAUGGUAUCACGUUUUACUACUAGUCCACUUGUAAUGAGCUAUAACACGGUUUUAAUUUAACAACAUAGUAUUACUACUUAAGUAAUAAAUUUUCUUUAAUUUUUAUUUCUUUUUUCCCCCCUCUUUUGAUUUUAUGUAUAAAUUUUUAAAAUUAAACAUUGUGCUUUUUCUUUCCUUUUUUUAUUAUAUAUAUAAGAAUUCUCAUGUUUUUUUUAUUUGUUUCGAUAACAAAUAUAUCUUCGUAGUUUCUCUACUUGCCUUAAAGAAGAAACAUCCCUUGCGCUUGAUUGUACUGUGUAUGUGUGCGAUAUAUA